UAGACUUCUGCCUCGCACUUCUCUUUUUCUGCCCUUCCUUGCUUUGGUGACUUCCUUCGGGUUGCUCAGUGGUGCCUGCAACCCCCGGUUCACCUCCUUCCAGAUUCUGGCUCCUUCCAGCCAUGGCUCGCAGAGUCCUUCUGUUAACAGCCUUGGCCUUAUGUCAUGGGUUCAACCUGGACACUGAAAACGCAAUGACCUUCCAAGAGAAUGCAGCGGGCUUUGGGCAGACCGUGGUCCAGCUUCCGGGAUCCAGGGUGGUGGUCGGAGCCCCCCAGCAGGCAGUGGCUGCAAACCAGACGGGCAGCCUCUACCAGUGCGACUACGGCAUUGGCUCCUGCGAGCCCAUCCGCCUGCAGGUCCCCCCAGAUGCCGUGAAUAUGUCCUUGGGUCUGUCCCUGGCAGCCACCGCCAGCGCCCCCCAGCUGCUGGCCUGCGGUCCCACCGUGCACCAGACUUGCAGGGAGAACACGUAUGUGAAAGGGUUCUGCUUCCUGUUUGGAUCCAACCUACGGCAGCAGCCCCAGAGGUUCCCAGAGGCCCUCCGAGAGUGCCCUCAACAGGAUAGUGACAUUGCCUUCUUAAUUGAUGGCUCUGGUAGCAUCAACCCAAAUGACUUUCGGCGGAUGAAGGAGUUUGUCUCAACCGUGAUGGAGCAAUUAAAAAAGUCUAAAACCUUGUUCUCUUUGAUGCAGUACUCCAAUGAAUUCUGGACUCACUUCACCUUCAAAGAGUUCCAGGACAACCCUAACCCAAGAUCGCUGGUGAGGCCAAUAACGCAGCUGUCUGGGUGGACAUACACGGCCACCGGCAUCCGCAAAGUGGUACGAGAACUGUUUAACGUCCGCCAAGGAGCCCGAGAGAAUGCCCUUAAGAUCCUAGUUGUCAUCACAGAUGGAGAAAAGUUUCGUGAUCCCUUGACAUAUGAGGAUGUCAUCCCCGAGGCAGACAGAGAGGGAGUCAUUCGCUACGUCAUUGGGGUGGGAGAUGCCUUCAGCAGUGAGAAAUCCCGCCAAGAGCUUAAUACCAUUGCAUCCAAGCCGCCUCGCGAUCAUGUGUUCCGGGUGAAUAACUUCGAGGCUCUGAAGACCAUUCAGAAUCAGCUCCAGGAGAAGAUCUUUGCGAUCGAGGGUACUCAGUCAGGAAGUACCAGCUCCUUUGAGCACGAGAUGUCUCAGGAAGGGUUCAGUGCUGCCAUCACCUCUAACGGCCCCUUGCUGAGCACUGUGGGGAGCUAUGACUGGGCUGGUGGAGCCUUUCUGUAUACAUCAAAAGAGAAAAGCACCUUCAUCAACAUGACCAGAGUGGAUUCAGACAUGAAUGAUGCUUACUUGGGUUAUGCUGCCGCUGUCAUCUUUCGGAACCGGGUUCAAACCCUGGUUCUGGGGGCACCUCGGUAUCAGCAUGUCGGCCUGGUGGCGAUGUUCAGGCAGAACGCUGGCAUGUGGGAGUCCAACGCUAAUGUCAAGGGCACCCAGAUUGGCGCCUACUUCGGGGGUUCCCUCUGCUCUGUGGACGUGGACAGCAACGGCAGCACUGACCUGGUCCUUGUCGGGGCCCCCCAUUACUACGAGCAGACCCGAGGGGGCCAAGUGUCCGUGUGCCCCUUGCCCAAGGGGCAGAGGGCUCGGUGGCAGUGUGACGCUGUUCUCCACGGGGAGCAGGGCCACCCCUGGGGCCGCUUUGGGGCAGCCCUGACAGUGCUGGGGGAUGUGAAUGGGGACAAGCUGACGGAUGUGGCCAUUGGGGCCCCAGGAGAGGAGGACAACCGGGGUGCUGUUUACCUGUUUCAUGGAACCUCAGGAUUUGGCAUCAACCCCUCACAUAGCCAGCGGAUUGCAGGCUCCAAGCUCUCUCCGAGGCUCCAGUAUUUUGGUCAGUCACUGAGUGGGGGCCAGGACCUCACAAUGGAUGGACUCGUGGACCUGACUGUGGGAGCGCAGGGGCACGUGCUGCUACUCAGGUCCCAGCCAGUACUGAGAGUUGAGGCGACCAUGGAGUUCAAUCCCAGGGAAGUGGCAAGGAAUGCAUUUGAGUGUAAUGAUCCAGCAGCAGAAGGCAAGGAAGCUGGGGAGGUCAGAGUCUGCCUCCAUGUCCACAAGAGCACACGGGAUCGGCUAAGAGAAGGGCAGAUCCAGAGUGUUGUGACUUAUGAUCUGGCUCUGGACUCCAGCCGAAAAAAUUCCCGAGCCAUCUUCGAUGAGACAAAGAACAGCACACGCAGACAGACACAGACCUUAGGGCUGACCCAGACUUGUAAGACUCUGAAGCUACAGUUGCUGAAUUGCAUCGAGGACAUAGUGAGCCCCGUCAUGCUGCGCUUGAACUUCUCUCUGGUGGGGACGCCCUUGUCUGCCUUUGGGAACCUUCGGCCAGUGCUAGCUGCGGAGGCUCGGAGAGUCUUCACAGCCUCGUUUCCCUUUGAGAAGAAUUGUGGCAAUGACAGCAUCUGCCAGGACGACCUCAGCAUCACCUUCAGUUUCAUGGGCCUGGACUACCUCGUGGUGGGUGGCCCCCGGGAGUUCAACGUGACAGUGACUGUGAGAAACGACGGCGAGGACUCCUACAGGACGCAGGCCACCUUCUUCUUCCCGCCUGGCCUGUCCUACCGGGUGUCCAGAUCCCAGAACCAGCGCUCACAGCGACCCUGGCGCCUGGACUGUGAGUUGCCUUCCUCCACCGAAGUGUCUGGACCCUUGAAGAGCACCAGCUGCAGCAUAAACCACCCCAUCUUCCCGGAAAACUCAGAGGUCACCUUCAAUAUCACGUUUGAUGUGGACACUAAGGCUUCCCUUGGAAACAAGCUGCUCCUCAAGGCCAACGUGACCAGUGAGAACAACAUGUCCAGAACCAACAAAACUGAAUUCCAGCUGGAGCUGCCAGUGAAAUAUGCUGUCUACAUGGUGGUCACCAGCCAUGAGGUCUCCACCAAAUAUCUCAACUUCACAGCCUCAGAGAAUACCAGUCGAGUCAUGCAGCAUCAAUAUCAGGUCAGCAACCUGGGGCAAAGGACCCUCCCCAUCAGCCUGGUGUUCUUGGUGCCCGUCCGGCUGAACCAGGCGAUCAUAUGGGACCACCCCCAGGUCACCUUCUCCGAGAACCUCUCGAGUACGUGCCACACCAAGGAGAGCUUGCCCCCUCACUCCGACUUUGUGGCUGAGCUUCGGAAGGCCCCCGUGGUGAACUGCUCCAUCGCUGUCUGCCAGAGAAUCCAGUGUGACAUCCCGUUCUUUGGCAUCCAGGAAGAAUUCAACGCCACCCUCAAAGGCAACCUCUCAUUUGAUUGGUACAUCAAGACCUCGCAUAACCACCUCCUGGUUGUGAGCACAGCUGAGAUCUUGUUUAACAAUUCCGUGUUCACCCUGCUGCCGGGACAGGAGGCGUUUGUGAGGGCCCAGACGGAGACCAAAGUGGAACCUUUCGAGGUCCCCAACCCGGUGCCGCUCAUCGUGGGCAGCUCUGUGGGGGGGCUGGUGCUCCUGGCCCUCAUCACUGCUGCGCUGUACAAGCUCGGCUUCUUCAAGCGGCAGUACAAGGACAUGAUGAGUGAAGGGGGUCCCCCGGGGGCCGCACCCCAGUAGCGGCUCCUUCCCCAUCGAGCCGCCUCUCCGUGGCCAGCCGGACUCUGCCAGCCUGCUGGAUACACCGGACGGCGACGGCUCCCCCGGACAGGACUGGCUUGGGCUUCCAUUUGUGUGUGUGCAAGUGUGUGUGAAUGUGUGAGCGAGGGUGUACAAAUGUGUGCACGUGUGCGUGCAAGAGUGAGCAAGUGUGCACGCCUAUGCCUGUUUCAGUGUGUGCGUGUAUGUGCGCGCAUGCGAGUGUAUGCGUGUAUGUGAAUGUGCGUUUGUAAGGUGUACAAGUGUGAAUGUGUGUGUGCAUGUGUGUGCUCGGGUGCAUGUGGCUUGCAUGUGUGAUUCAGAUGUCUCUUGGCAUGUGGGUAAGGUGCCGGCAGUGCAGCCUCUUGGGCAGAGGGGAACUGCCUGGGCUUCCUUGUGAGUGGAUGAAGCCACUGCUGGGUUUUCCUCCGGGAGAGGGGACAGUCACUCCUGUGGGUGAACACCGCGGGAAAUGCAGCAGCUCCUCCUCAUUGAAGGAAGUGGGACUUCCCUUCGCAGGAGAGCCUGUGCAGCCUGGAUGGAGACUCCAUAGAAGCAGUGGGUGGAACCAGGAACCUCACCAAACCCACUCCACGGCGGCGCUGAUGCCCAGUAAAGAUGCCCACUGAGGAACAAUGAAUCUUCCUUUAUGGAUUCAUUUAUUAUUUCACUGUAACUUUAAUUUUUUGAAUGGCUAAGCCUGUCUACGGUACAAAAAUCAGAAGAUAUUCAAGAGCGUACAGUGAAAAGUCUCCCUUCCCAGUUAUUCAAGUCACCUCCUUAAAGUAGUCAAGAUGUGUUUUGAGGUUUCCUUCAGAUGAUUGCAGGCGAUAGGCAAAUGUACACAUGUGCACACACACCACACAUACACACCCACAAGCUUUUUUACACAAUUGGUAGCAUACUUCAUACUGUUCUGUAUCUUGCUUUUUUCCACCAAUGUUUCUCAGACAUGGGUUCAUAUUAAGACAUAAGCUACUUUUUCACUCUUUUAUACUGCUGCAUAGUAUUCCAUUGUGUGGGCGUACCCUAAUGUAUUUCACCAGUUUUCUUUUGAUAUAUUAUUUUCAAUCUCUUGUUUGCAUCAAUGCUCAGUUAAUAAAUCUAUGCCAUUUUUGCAUACAUGUAAGGAUAA